UUAAUGUCACUACACAUGAAACAUAACCUGAGGGCUAGAAUGACCUGCUGCACAGCACUGGCCUAUUUCAUUUCACAGUACCAGCUCUUACAGGACACAUUCAAUUGAGAAAAACAGAACACAUCUCUUAAAGACGGUGCAUUCCCUUUGUAUCGAGGAAAUAGUUUUAAAAAGAGCAUAACUCUGGACAACAGACUCUAAUGUCGAUACAUGCCUUCGAGUCCCUCUGCUUAAAGGAUGAUGACUGUCCAUCCCCAUCUCAACUCCAAGACUCAGAUGAUGAGUUUGACAUCGACCCGGAGUCAGAUGAAAACGAGAAGAACAACAAGGAGAUGUCCACAGCUGAAGUGUACAUGCAGGCCUGCAAACUGGUUGGUGUGGUGCCAGUCUCUUACUUUAUCCGUAACCUCGACUCUCCAACUAUGAUACUCACCCACCACGGACUGGGACCUUUGGGCUGUAAGGCACUUGCUAUUGCUUUAGUGACAGAUAUGCAUAUCACCACUCUGGGACUGGGAGACAAUCACAUCCAAGCUGAGGGAGCUAAGUAUCUUGUGGAGAUGUUGAGGGCUAAUUUCACCAUUCAGCACCUGGAUUUGUCUGCCAACCAUCUGAAAUCUGCUGGGGCAGAGUAUGUGGCUAAAAUGUUGCUGGACAACAUUUCAUUAAAAUCCAUUAAACUGUCGGGAAAUAGAUUCAUUGAUGAUGAUGCUAAGUAUUUUGCAGAUGCCUUGUCAACCAAUUCAAGGAUAAAGGAACUGGACCUGAGCCAUAACGAAUUUCGUGCAACAGGAGGGGAGCAUUUGGGGCAACUGCUGGCAAACAAUGAAGGCCUCGAGGUGCUGGACCUCAGUUGGAAUCAUCUUCGAAUGAAAGGGGCUGUGGCUUUUUGUGCUGGACUUAAGGUGAAUAUUAUGUUGAAGCACCUUGACUUGUCAUGGAACGGUUUUGGGAAUGAGGGUGCUCUGGCCAUGGGAGAGGCCUUGAAGUUCAACAACACUCUGGUGUAUCUCAACCUCAAUAACAACCGCCUCACCAACGAGGGUGUCAGCAUGCUCUGCAAGGGUCUCGAAUUCAAUGAUACGCUCCGAGUCCUGCUGCUGGCUUAUAAUUCUCUAACAGUAGAGGGUGCACUGGCCCUGGUCCAUGUGGUGAAGAACACACCGAAAACAGCCUUGGAGGAGAUCAACAUAUGUAAUGUGCUGGUAAAUGAGAACUUUGUGCAUCUAUUGGAGGUGACUUGUCAGGAACAUCCUGGUCUGGAUGUUCACUAUGGAGGAGUGGGAGGCUUUAUCGCAAAAAAGCCACCAAAACGCGUUGAUCCAAUGAAAGUCAUCCAGGAUUAUCUUGAUCAACGCAAGCUACGUCUGUGGGAUUUCUUUCGGAACAUUGAUAAAGACGGCACCAUGCGAGUCCCAGUUGCCGACUUCAGGAAGGCCGUUCAGCAAUCCAGCAUUCCUCUGGAUCGAUACCAGAUUGAGGAGCUGAUUCAGAGACUUGACCGUGACCGGACAGGAAUGGUCGACUACAGGGGAUUGGCAGAUACAAGGAAACAAAUGAUGAGGGAUCACCGCCGCCAGCUGAAGAAGGUUGAGUCCCGUCAGAAGAAAGAGAAGCAGAAGAGUGAUCGCAUCCUGAAAACCUUCCAGAGUGCUGUGGAGGCGGUUACACCUCGCAGCUCCAUGGUCAUAUCUCCAGGAGCCGCCAAAGAAGACUCAAGUGGUCCUCAGCACUUCUCUGCCACCCCUCUCAGCUCCUGGCACCACAUCGUCAUGUCCAACAGCAGUCGCUACUCUGUCACUAAUCUGAGCAACGAGCACGUUCACCUGCCCAUGUUAGCAGGAAGCACACCUUACCGUCCGACCAGCUCCAGUGCGAUGCGCUCCUACUCCCAACCCAACCUGCUGGAUGACUCCCCUCGCUUCACUCCAGGCAAGUCUAUCUCUGCUCAGGGCGUUCACUCCGAUCCAGAGAUGGGCCACAGCAAACUGAGCCCCACGACUAACAGCCUGACCCGGUCCAGGCCUGCUCUGAAUGCCAAGCAGCCAGCGGUCAAAGUCAAAACCAAGAAGGUGAAGAAAAAGAAGCAAAAGAAACGAGCAGAUGAAGACUCCAAGAAUCCUGUCAAGUGAUGUGAACUAAUGCUAUAUGAUCAAUGUAAUGCUGGUUUCUUUGUCAUACACAACUAAUAAACAAAGAACGAACUUAAUUAUCUUUCAUGUCCCUAAUCUCAAAAACAACACAGAACCUGCACAGCAUAUUCAGCUGUUUAUUUUUUCAAAUAAGACAGUCAUCUAUCAGUGAGCAAUUAAUUCAGUUUGCUACUGAGCAAGAUGAGCCAU